CAACUUAACCCGGAAGUAGAAACUCCCUCUCAGGCGCUGUUGUUUUUCUCUUCCGCUCAGGUCUCGGUAGCUGUGGGAGCGUGGAUUUCAUCAUCUGUGCUCACAAAACCACUAAAAAUGAGCGUCCCGGCGUUUAUCGAUAUUACAGAAGAAGAUCAGGCAUCAGAGCUGAGGGCCUACAUCAAGGCCAAAGGAGCUGAUAUUUCAGAAGAGAACUCUGAAGGUGGACUACAUGUAGAUCUGGCUCAGAUCAUCGAGGCUUGUGAUGUUUGCCUUAAAGACGAUGACAAAGAUGUAGAAAGUGUGAUGAACAGUAUCGUGUCUCUGCUGUUAAUCCUGGAAACAGAGAAGCAGGAGGCUCUCAUUGAAAGUUUGUGUGAAAAACUGGUGAAGUUCCGUGAAGGAGAAAGGCCCUCUCUCAGAAUGCAGCUGCUGAGUAACCUGUUCCACGGCAUGGAUGAGAACACUCCAGUGAGGUACACUGUUUUCUGUAGCCUCAUCAAGGUGGCAGCAACCUGUAAUGCCAUUGCCUUCAUCCCCACUGACCUUGAUCAGGUGCGCAAGUGGAUUAUUGAUUGGAACUUGAACACAGAAAAGAAGCACACACUGUUGAGGCUUGUUUAUGAAGCCUUGGUUGACUGUAAAAAAAGUGAGCCUGCAGCAAAGGUGAUGGUUGAGCUGCUGGGAAGUUACACAGAAGACAAUGCAUCACAAGCACGUGUUGAUGCCCACAGGUGUAUCGUCCGGGCUCUCAAAGACCCAAACACCUACCUGUUUGACCACCUGCUCACCCUGAAACCUGUUCGCUUUUUGGAGGGAGAAUUAAUCCAUGACCUCUUGACCAUCUUUGUGAGUGCGAAGCUAGCAGCUUAUGUAAAAUUUUAUCAGAGUAACAAAGACUUUAUUGAUUCUCUUGGCCUGUCUCAUGAGCAGAACAUGGCUAAGAUGCGUCUGCUGACAUUCAUGGGCAUGGCGGUGGAAUUCAAGGAGAUCUCCUUUGACACCAUGCAACAGGAGCUGCAGAUCGGCGCAGAUGACGUGGAAGCUUUCGUCAUUGACGCUGUUCGUACCAAGAUGGUGUACUGCAAAAUCGACCAGACACAGCAAAAAGUUGUAGUAAGCCACAGCACACACCGCACGUUUGGCAAGCAGCAGUGGCAGCAGCUGUACGACACCCUCAGCUCCUGGAAGGCCAACCUAGCAUCCGUCAAAACCAGUCUGCAAGCGCUGUCGCCUUCUGCUUAACUCCACCUUAACCCAACUGUCUCGACCCGCCUGAUUUUUUUUUUUUUUGCUUUCCAAAUUCAAAGCCUGAAUUGGUCAGUUUUUAUAUACAUCCAAUAAAAGAACCAGAGAUCACCAGA